AUGCUAAUUUGUCUACAUAGUCCCGGCCCUGCACCGUGGACAACUCACCAUCCAUUAGGCCCGCCAUCUUACACUCCACCCGCCUACCCUCUAUCUUUCUCUGCACCACCCACCCCAUCGCCCGCCAAUAUUUCGCCAGAUGAUCUACUCUGCGCUCACCUCGAACGUUCCUUUGCCCGGAACUUGUUUCACGGCAUCGCUCCCAAUACAACCAGCUCCAGCUCCCGUGCGCGCUUCCAUUGGCCGUUCGAGGUCACCGCUGAGCAGCAACUCCUUCUCGUAAUCCGGUGCAUGCGGCAGGCAGGCUUUGACAAUAUCGGAGAUUUUGGACUGGCGCUGUUGUCGAAGGACACCCAAUUCAGCACAAACUCCCCCGUCGCGCUCAGUCUCUCCGCAUUCGUUAGAUGCAAGUCACAGGACCUCCGAACUCACCCUGCCGCUCUCGUCGAUCUCUUGUUUAACCACCGGUUCGCACAAGAAUACACUGACCGUGUUCCAAUUGAGCCGGUAUUCACGCUGCCCCGUCACGCGCUUCCUCCUUCACAACGAUUGCUCCCGGCGCUGUCUUCCCCUGACCCAGAUAAUACAACACGCAAUGCGCUCAUGAACUGGUCUCUUCUACGUGUCUUGGAACGCGUAGACGUGGAGGUCCCUAGACUAUUCGAGCCUAGCUUGGGCUUAGUCCGGACGCCCAGCAUGCCCCUUUCGUGGUCAUCGAUCCUUAAAUGGGACCUCACGGAAGCGCAGGAGGCAAUCGCGCUGACGGCCCCUGCGACAUUCGCUUUUGCGGCCACGAUCUCGGUCAACGAACGCAGCCGCAAGAUUCUCGAGACCACCGCAAACCCGCAAACGCCACCCGCGCCACCCUCCACCUCAACCGACAGGCCACGAGCUUCCCCACUUUUGGAUGGUGGUGUCGUUGCGCAAAGCGAUGAGCCUAGCUCGUCCGCUUCAUCGUCAACGGUCAAUGGGGAGGAUGGGGACAUGAGCUCGCAUUCGGAGUCGGAGUCGGAGUCGGAGGUGGAAGCUGGAUCAGAGCCAGACAUUCUGAAAUCAACGGGCGUUCCGCCCUCUAUGCGUCGUGAUCCAUGGCUGGGUGCUACCGUUGCGAUCCUGGCGCUACUUGUAUUCCGUUACCGAUACGCUAUCAUGUUCCCUACAAUCAUCGGCAUAUUCCUUUUCACAUGCAAUGCACAUCACGACAUCAUCUCUGUUCUCAGCCGCACAGGCUUCUCGAUAUCACAACGAUCAAUAUAUUCCUGCCUCGACACGUUGUCUACAGACUCUGCAGGCUUCUUACGUGCAUGCGGUCAAGCACUUCAAUGGUCGCCUCCCAUCUUCCUCCUCCUAUACGACAACGUAAACAAGAUGAGACGAGCAUGGCAACAAACUCUUGGUCAUAAGGAUGAAGUGAAGAGCGGCACAGCCUGUACGCUCAUUGAGUUAGUCGAUGCUCCGCCGGGCGCCCUUGAUCCAGAGCCCGUCCUGGCAAACCUUCUUGCAAAGAAACGCGCCGAACUUACCGUUGAUAAACUCCUCAAAGAUAUCAAUACCGACCACAUCAAAGCAGUCUCGCAGGGUACCGUCCUUCGAGUCUGGAUCAAGCAUGUCCCUUCGCUGGCAAAGUUUCGCGAGCCCACCGAAACGUUGUUCACAACCAAACAUGCCCUGCAUCCCCUCUCACUCCGGAAGUCGAAGAUACACAGCAUGCGAACCAACGACAUUGACGAAUCGACGACCGUUGGUACUGUGGCGGUCAUUCGGAACAUGCUGGUUGAGCAGCUGAGCGUGCUUGGAAGUUGGGUCAAGUGGCUGAUCAUGAUCUGCGGUGAUCAGCUCACGAUCGACCGCAUUCGUAAAGUCAAACGGUACAUGUCAAAAUCCUCCACCUUUUACGACAAGCACGACUUUGCGCUCCCAGUCAUCCAGCUGUGGCACCUCAAGUGGAACUGGCAGAAGAACAUAUUUCGCCUACACUGGCAUGACUCGACAGGCGCCACAAUAUUCGGCCUACGCCACGAUAGCGAAGUUAUGGAGCGAGGGAAGUUCAACGCCGAGAAGUGCGAUUUUUACCCUGGGCAUCAGAUUCUUGAAGAUAGGUUUGAUGCGAUGAUGUUGGAUGCUCUUCGUCUCCUUUGUGAAGAGCACAGCGGCAAGUCAUACUCCACAAAACUACCACUCUUGGAGGGGCUAGAGUGGUUUUUCGGAUCAGAUGGCCCGUUGAAGGACAGCACGUUCGACCUGUUGGAAGUGUUCGCAGCGAAAGUAUUUUCACGUUAUCUCUGCUCUGCUGCUCAUGAUGCAGCACAUGGGGUUGAGCGUACUGAUGCGGUGUACGGUCCCCCUGUGGCACCAUCGGAGAACGACACACCCGUGUCUACGACCAACCGUGGUCAGAAACAGAAACCGAAAAGCAAGAAGAAAAAGGUCGCGACAGCGACAGACCCAUCCAGAGCGUCCAUAGGCGAAGACCAGGCUCUCCAAACGACGUGCAAUUUCCUGCGCACAACAUGCUGGUAUCUGAUGUUGUGCUCCGCUAUAGCAGAGGGCGACAUUGGACGUGUCUUCGAGAUCAUCAAGCUUUUGCGCUUUUCGUUUUGGGGUGCGGGCUCUACCAAUUAUGGUACAGAGCUUCUCGAAAUGGCCUGUAACUUCCUGUACGAGUUCCCCGAAGACCUUCGCAACGCUAUCCUGAACAACUACCUCGCAAAUCCAUCUGGUCUGCCUGGCCAUUGGGUCGAACUCGAUCUUAUACAAGAGCAUUACAAUUUCUGGAUCAAGCGACUCUUCAACUCGAAGAGCCAUACCUUCGACUCUCAACACCUUGCGGAGCACGUUGGCCUCAACAUAGGGGGCUUUAGCGCGCUUCGUGAGAGAUUUCCUAUUCUCUUCGGCUUCAAACGGAACGGCGGGAGACAUACCAAUCCGAAGUCAAACGGUGACAUCAACCGGCUAGGGUUUCAUUAUCGGCUCGAGCACAUCAUGUCUUUCAAGCCAAAUUGA